AUGAACCCUCCACCGCAGCCACCGGAGCAUUUUGGGGUACUCGUGCACACCGAGUUGGUCGUUGCAGAGUUUCGAAUGGGAGAUGGGAUGACCUGGAUUAGGCACACUACUACUGUUUUCGUAGAUAUAGGAGAUUGGGACCCAACGGCCGUACCCCCGAUAGACGGAGAGUUGACUAGUGCGGAUACUAGUUUAGCUCAGUCAGGUUUGCAUUCAGCGGCCACAGCUCAGGGAUCUUCAGAGGCUGAGCAUGAACCCGAGCCCGAAGCGUCGCAAGCUGAAGACGAUCCGAUGGACAUCGAUUUGGAACCGAUCCCCGAGGAAGAACCAGAGGAAGCGGAGGCCGAGGUAGAACCUGAGGUGGAACCCGAAGUGGAACCCGAGGACGAACCUGGCGAGUCUGAAGAGCCUGGAUUAAUUGUGAAUUCCGAUGUGGCUUUAAAUCUAUGA